AGACCUGAGACGUUUUACUUAUUCUUCAUUGUUCCACUUUUCUUCAAGAAAUACUCAUUGACCGACCACUUUCAGCAGGCACGGCACCGAGGCCAAGAUCUCUAUGACGAUUCCAGCUCAGUCAAAUCAGGUUCAGUCAUAUCAAUGACUUCAAGCAGCAGAACUCCUAUCUGUCGUGUAUGUAAAGAGCCCGAGGAGCUGCCUUCUAAACCUUUUGUGAAGUGUACUCAAUGUCGACAAUUAUGGCAUCUGCACUGCCACAGAAACCCGGAUUUGGACUGUUCCAAAGCCCCUCCUCUAGGGUUCGUUUGUGGGAGAUGUUCAGCUAAAAUGAAAGCUUCCGAGGCUUCUAGUAGCAAGCAAUCAUUCGUAGCUAACAGCGCAAUGAAUGAGUCUUCAAAGGAAACAACGAAUAACCCAGUAGCUGCGACAAACGUUCUGCCACAAUCCUUGGCUAAAGAUACUCCACCAGCUGUUACACGCUUCAGUCAACCUCUUACGAGCAAUCUUCCACCCCGAACAGGAUCCAGCCCUGUCAUUUGCGAGAUCCCUGGCUGUGGGGAACAUGUGAGGAGUCAGACUCCAAACUCGCAAUCUCUAUGUUUCAAACAUAGAGUCGAGAAACAGUAUGCGAAAGCGAAAGCACAAGCACCCGCAACUAAUAUUCCACGAGCCUCGAAGCCGUUCAACAAGGGCAAAAUAUAUCCUCUCAGGCCAGACGACAAACCUUACGUAAAGCAGAAACCGAAAAUUCCUAAGAGAAAAUCUACUACCAGCGAAUUGGACAUGAGGCCUCUAAAGAUGCCCAAACGAACGGAUAUACAAGGCCAUGUGGCAAGUUCUGGCUCAGAACCGAUAGUAGCCAAAUCUAUGCCGUCCAGAAGGAGGGACGCAUCCAGUGUCAUUUCACCACUAACAACAACCUUCCUCGAUAGAGAUAGCUCUUUAAGCUCAGCAAGUGCAAUCAAAUCUCCAGCCAUUGAAGGUUCUGCCUCUUCUUCCACUCCGCUUGCGGUUAACAGACAUCGAUCCAGCAAUCUGUUGGAAGAAUCAACUCCUACAAGAAGUACUCCGGGCUCCAGUUCGACACGUCCCAGCCCACUAUUACCCCGCAAUAACUCGCCAGAGUACGAGCCUCCACCGCCUCAGACAUUUGAUCAUGAUAAUCCGUGGGCCAAUGAAGAUGGAGCAGGUGACAGUCCGGGAUCGCAAAUCGCUCAGGAGCUUAAAGCCAACGCCGAAGGAUCUCAACAGACUGACAAUCUUCCUCCUAUGUUAAGUCCUAUUGGAGAGCUGCAUCUGGAAGUUUCUGCUCGCGCCUCAACUUCUGCUAGACCUAGGACUCCAGAAGUUCCCGCCAAUACAGGAAUUGAAGAUUUUCUAGGCCAUAGCGAAUUGAUUGAUCGUCUUGCCUUGGAACACGUUCCAUCUCCAAAUAACAAGCGCGGUGCACCAGGAGCUGAAAUAGAUACUGCUAUACAGUCUCCGGAUCUACCUACAGACGCCGGUUCUGGAGAUGAUAUAAAUAUGACCGAUGAUGCGGAUCGAAAUACCCAAGCUGGUGUACAGAGCACGAAUUGGGAUGAGGGAUGGACGACCGGAGGUGGACCACAGACUACUCUGCAGAAACGGUUAGCCCGAGGGGAUGUGGACGAAAACAUGCUCGACUCCUAUUUCGAAAAGCAACGAAUUAGUGCCAAGACACUCAUGCCAACGAAGGCUGAUCUUGAAGCUCAGAAUUGGAGUUCCAUCGAUCCUCGCAAAGCAUGGCCGGAGCGGCAAAUGGACGAUAAAGAGAUUGCGGCCAAAGUCAAGCAAAUCGAAGCUCGAGGUGGUCGCAAAGCGAAUUAUGGCAAGAUCUUCACGGCACAGAAUCUGCAAGAGAAAGAGGAGAAGGGUUGGGAGAUGCACCAAUGGAGUGAUAGGAAAGAUGACGACGAAGCUAUGGAGCGUAUCAAGCGCUUAGAAGAACUGUUUGGUGUGGAAGGCCUCGCGGACUUUGUUCCUGCUACGAGAAAUGGCCGAUUGGUGAUGAUUGAGAGGAUGAGUGAAUCGCCAGAAGACGAGCCUCGUGGGCCUGGCAGGAGGAAGAGAAAACGUGAACCAAGAGUGUUUGUCGUCAAUGGAGCGCCAAGCACGAUUUAAACUUGACUUAAGGGAGCAGCAUCGGGUAGUAGGG